UUACCCAGGUUUACGAGCGGCGGUCCUGGCUGGAUUGUGGCUACUUCCGGACUCACGCCCACGACCGGGGGGCACUGGAGGAGGGUGCAGGCAGGCAGGGGUGCAGCCCAGGUGCUCCCAGGUCGCUCAGAGCGUCUUCGGGGUUUCUGAGUCGCCGAGUCUAGGGCGUGCGCUCCAGGCCCUGUCUACAAGCUGGUUUUCAAAGGAAGUUUGUGGGUUUUCUUUUUUCUUCUUUCUCUCUCUCUCUUUUUUCCCAUCAGGACAAAGAAAAAUCAGUCAAGGACAAGCUCCCCAAAGGAGGAGGAGCCUGCCCAGCACUGGAGGAUUUCCAUUAGGGCUUUCUGACCUGGUCAGCAGCUUGGUGAUCAGCAGUGAGGGAGAGAAACAAGGAGAGAAAAACAACAGACCCUUUCUCUUCCCUCCGCCUGCCGCUGGAAGGGACUGAGCACUUGUGCCUCUCUGUACUCUGCACUACCCUGGGGCUGGAAGGUGCCAGUUAAAGGAGGCUGGAACCCUACUCUACGUUCCGAAGGGCCCUCCAAGCUCUACGUACAGGGCUGCCGCAGGAUGAAACUUCAAGCAACUCCGAAGGCUGAAAGAGCAGUUGGAACAAUGAGGGAGGCAGGGAGCAAAGAACCCAGGUUACAACAGUCCAGGAAAGGAAUGAGACAUUUGCCGACGCUGUAGAAAAAAACAGGCUACAGAAAAGAAGCAGCAGGAGUUGGCGAGAGACUGUAGGUAUUAAGUAAAGAAGAGCGGUCAAAGACUAUUCUAAUGUUUUUAUAACAUGGAUAAUCACGCAGUUGGUGGCAAUGGGUCAGUUUGGUAAGGAAGAGAAUUCGAGAGAGAGAUGAAGAGCUGUUUUUGCCCGGUGUAAUUUAAGAUGUCAACCAGAUGGGCGGUGUAAUAUACGGAAAGAUGCUAUACUUAGCCUGACUCAAGAGGGAAAGUUCAGAUGCCACAAAGAUAGGUUAUGUGACACAUACACACUUGUGAUCUCAGAAAAUUCUCCUUCCCUCAAUUCUUGGGGCCAUUUCGGCGCUUCGAGACUACAUUUCCCAGGACGCCCUUCACCACGCCCCAUUUCGCGCCUCCGGCCCCCACUUCGCUCCUCCCGUGAGUCCCUGGGCGCAGAACUCGGCCUCCGCCGCUGGGGGCGGGGCGACGUCGGACUCCCGGGGCCCUUGCUUACGCACUUCCUCCCGGGGUCCGGGCCGAGUCGCUGUGUGGCGGGUUCGAGUCCCACCUCCCGACUCGCCUCAAGCCCCUGAACCCGGGGCGGGGCUCAUUCGCCAGUUAACCUCUCCGCGGCGAGGGGCGGUGGCACACCUUGGGCUUCACCAUGGAGGACUAUCUGCAGGGUUGUCGAGCUGCUCUGCAGGAGUCCCGACCCAUACAUGUUGUGCUGGGAAAUGAAGCCUGUGACUUGGACUCCAUGGUGUCAGCUCUCGCCCUGGCUUUUUAUCUGGCAAAGACAACUGAGGCUGAAGAAGUCUUUGUGCCAGUUUUAAAUAUAAAACGUUCUGAGCUACCUCUACGAGGUGACAAUGUCUUCUUCCUUCAGAAGACUCACAUUCCAGAGUCCCUCUUGAUUUUCCGGGAUGAGAUUGACCUCCAUGCAUUGCAGCAGGCUGGCCAGCUCACCCUCAUCCUUGUUGACCAUCAUGUCUUACCCAAAAGUGACGCAGCCUUAGAGGAGGCAGUAGCAGAGGUGCUAGACCAUCGGCCCAUCGAUCAGAAACACUGCCCUCCCUGCCAUGUUUCAGUUGAGCUGGUGGGGUCCUGCGCUACCCUGGUGGCCGAGAGAAUCCUGCAGAGGGCACCAGAGAUCUUGGACAGGCAAACUGCAGCCCUUCUUCAUGGAGCAAUCAUCCUGGACUGUGUGAACAUGGACCUUAAAAUUGGAAAGGCAACCCUAAAGGACAACCGGUAUGUGGAGAAACUAGAGGCCCUCUUCCCAGAUCUGCCCAACAGAAACGAUAUCUUUGAUUCUCUGCAAAAAGCAAAGUUUGAUGUAUCAGGACUGACCACAGAGCAGAUACUGAGAAAGGACCAGAAGACCAUCUCCAGACAAGGCACUAAGGUGGCCAUUAGUGCAAUAUAUAUGGAUUUGGAGGCCUUUCUGCAGAGGUCUGGCCUCAUUGCAGAUCUCCAUGCCUUCUGCCAGGCUCACAGCUACGAUGCCCUGGUCGCCAUGACUAUCUUUUUCAACACUUACAAUGAGCCAGUGCGGCAGUUGGCAGUUUUCUGUCCCCACGCAGCACUCCGAGUGACGGUCUGUGGAGUCCUGGAACGCUCCCGCUCUCCGUCCCUGAAGCUGACCCCUGCCCCAAGCAUCCACCCUAACCUCCAAGCCUAUCUUCAAGGCAACACCCAGGUCUCUCGAAAGAAACUUCUGCCUCUGCUCCAGGAAGCCCUGUCAGCAUAUUUUGACUCCACGAACAUCCCUUCAGGACAGCCUGAGACAGAGGGUGUGUCCAGGGAGCAGGUAGACAAGGAAUUGGACAGGGCAGGUAACUCCCUGAUUCCUGGACUGAGUCAAGAUGAGGAGGAGCCUCCACUGCCCCCCACACCCAUGAACAGCCUGGUGGAUGAGUGCCCUCUGGAUCAGGGGCUGCCGAAAUUCUCAGCCGAGGUCAUCUUUGAGAAAUGUAGUCAGAUCUCGCUGUCAGAAUCUACCACUGCCUCCCAGUCCAAGAAAUGACUGUUGGGAGGGGAGGGGCAAGUGAGAGAGAUUGUUUGAACCACCCUGAAUGCAUGUUUUGAGAUGUUUCAGCAAUUUUGUCUUCAUUGUUCCAGGAUCUGGUAUACUGUUAUCAUAAACCUAGGAGGAGAAAGAAGUAAAGGAAAGCUGAGCUGGCUUUCUACCUUUUCCCCACAGUCUCUACCAAUCAAACAAAUUUUAUUAUUUAAUUUAACUCCUUAAAUCUGCACUGACUCUCCUCUAUUCCAUUUGGCAGGGUCAUGAUGUAAUAACAUACACAGUUCCAGCAGAGUGGCACAGACAGAAUGUAUACCCCAAAAGUGCCCUAAGUCAGGCUUUUUAACAGAACCCGUAUUUCUUAUGGAACCAAACAUUCAUUGUCUCCAGUGUUCAUUUAUUUUCUUAUGAAUUCAAGUAUUUAUUGAACACAAUACCUACUUUUAGCUUCUUCCAGUUUUUAGCCUUUAGUUGAUUUUCACCUCCAUGACUCCUCUUUCUGCCCCCAAUUAGGUGAUGGUGUCUGAUUCCCAGUUUGCUAAAUUUCUAUUCUGAGCUUAUUGUGACUGUUUCAGGAUUGUUUGGGAGCAGAUUGGAGGCUAUUAUCUUCUGUCCUGAUCAGCUGGCCUGGCUCUCAGUUUCUUUGGAUCCCUCUGUCUCAGAGCCACAGGGACCCUGAAGAGACCCUUGUUCUUGAGAGUUCAGGAGAUACCUGGGAAAGCCUUAAGACCUCAUGGGCACUCUUCGCAAAAGACAGUAGAACUACAAUGAGACCCCCGGCUCUGUCGAUUUCUUAUCCAUCUAAUUUUCUCCUUGAGCAUAGUAGAAGGAAACAUGGAGUUCAUACCGAGUGCCAUAAACUGUGUGUCUUUUGUCCAGACACUCACUCCUCUAGAUCUCAUUUCCCCAUCUGCAAAACUGAUGUUCCCUGCUUUCUGUGAUCUGCCUGUUGCCACACCGUCCUUUCUUGCCUCCGCUUCUCUGGUUUUUUGUUUGUUUGUUUGUUUCUGUUUCCCUGGGAAUGCUCAGGGUCACUGAAUUGUCUGUUUAUUUGUGAUUGUGUACUAAGGUACUCAGCCUCAUGUAGCAUGUACAGGGGUAUGAUUCAUACCAUGGUGACCCAGCAAAGAGCUCCCUUCCACUGACUUGUUCUGCAUGUGUAGAGUCUCCCUUUUCUCUUCAGACCAACCUGUUCCCCCUUUUCCUACCCCACAGCUCUGUUCCCUGUACGUUUUCAACAGUUUCGCUGAACAGUGGGGUAUGUGAUGGUUUUGGCAUGAUGUCUUCAUAUGAGGGAAACUGACUUGACUUUGAGGGGAUGUUUGUAGCCAUUGGAAAGUAAAAUAGUGGCAUGAUUACUGAACCAAAGGAAUUUAUGUUGUGUAACUUGGGUACUUUUAUUUUGCAUUUUGUUAAAGUAUUAAAUACUUUUUUCCUGUU